GCGGUUGGAGUGCGAGAGGGUCGCGGCCGCGAUGAUCCGACAGAUGAAGAAAUAAUAAGAGGGGCGACAAAAAGGGGGAAGAAAGCGUCUAUUCUACUACACACAACAAUGUUCCCGAAAGGCAAAGGUACCCCGGUGCCCUCGGACGGCCAAGCCCGAGAAAACCUCCUUGGCAGCCAUUGUUCACCAGACCCGCGAGUACCUCUUUGCUCCUCAUACUACAUUUAUUCUUUCAAUGUACACAUUAACUCUUCAUUGUAUUUUACACAGGUUGGCUCUCUACGUCUAUGAAUAUCUGCUUCACAUCGGAGCACAGAAGUCGGCACAGACCUUUUUGUCAGAGAUACGGUGGGAGAAGAACAUAACUCUUGGAGAACCCCCUGGAUUCCUGCAUUCCUGGUGGUGUGUGUUCUGGGAUUUAUAUUGUGCUGCACCGGAGAGGAGAGAGACAUGUGACCACUCCAGUGAAGCAAAAGCCUUCCAUGACUAUAGUGCAGCAGCAGCCCCCAGCCCGGUAAUGGGUGGUAUGCCCCCUGGUGAUGGUAUGCCGGGAGGACCGAUGCCGCCUGGAUUUUUUCAGGGUCCUACUGGUCCCCAGGGCUCUCCUCACCCUCAGCCUCCUCCCCCUAACAAUAUGAUGGGACCACACAGUCAGUCCUUCAUGUCGCCUCGCUUUGCCGGAGGCCCAAGAGGUCCCCCCAUAAGGAUGGCAAAUCAGCCCCCAGGCGGAGGACCAGGCCCUCAUCCCAUGUUGCCUAAUAUGGACCCCACACGACCACAAGGUCACCCUAACUUGGGGCCCAUGCAGAGAAUGAGUGGCCCUCGAGGCAUGGGGCCAAUGGGUCCUGGCCCUCAGAACUUUGGUGGUGGGAUGAGGCCCCCACAUAACACCAUGGGUCCCGGCAUGCCAGGAGUGAACAUGGGUCCUGGGACAGGUCGGCCAUGGCCCAAUCCGAAUAAUGCUAACUCUAUGCCUUACUCAUCGCCAUCUCCUGGCGCUUACGGGGGAGCAUCUGGAGGAGGACCACCAGGGACUCCGAUCAUGCCCAGCCCUGCAGACUCCAACAACUCUGGUGACAAUUUGUACACCAUGAUCAACACUGGACCUGGCAACCGAAAUAAUUUUCCCAUGGGCCCUGGCUCUGAUGGACCCCUAGGAGCCAUGGCUGGGAUGGAACCACAUCACAUGAACGGGUCACUAGGCUCUGGCGACAUGGACGGCAUGAACAAGAAUUCUCCAAACAAUUUAAGUGGCAUUAGCAAUCCUCCCGGGACCCCAAGGGAUGAUGGAGAGCUGAGUGGGAACUUCCUCCACUCCUUUCAGAGCGAGAAUUACUCUCCAACCAUGACGAUGAGCGUGUGACCUCCUCCUCAUCACUCCUCCAUGUCCCGACUGCCCUACCCAGCCUAAUUUGCCAUCAUUCCAAGGAUUUGAACUCCCUAUCAGCCAAACACAUCAGCAAAGAAUCAGGGAUCCACACCUUUAAAAAUAAAUUUAAAAAAAAAAAGUCUCCUUGCUCAAAGAAAGUGAAGGACAAUUUAUCCAUAUUUGUCGCAAACCAGCUACUGAAUCAUCUCCCUAUUAGUCCUCUCUGUCACCUUUUAGAGCAAACACUUGUUUACCUCUUGUACUUUUUAUUAUGGGUUAUUGCUUGGUGCAGGAAGUGUCUCCCACUUUCAAACACUGGAGAGUGUACAUACAUACAGUACAUUGUGAGCUUUCGAAGUCGUUUUUUGGUUUUAUUUUUUUAUUAUUGCUUCUUGCCACAACAGUCGCUGCCUGCCUUACUGAUAGACAUCAGCCAUGCUUGUUCCCUGCUUAGUGUUGAUUCCGGUCAGUCUUCAAAUGAAAUAAGAAGCUCAGAAUUAUGUCACACACUGCCCGACAUUGUAAUAUUUUGUUCUAUUUAAGUAUUUUUUUGUUAUCGUGAUGACCUUUCACAGUAUGUAUGUCAAAGCGAUCCCAUUCACGCCAAUGCAUGAAUGCUGAGACUCCUGUGUACAAACAUACUACCUAGUGCUGCUGUGUGGACACCUGCUUUAAAACAUCCUAAUUGUCGUA